UUCAUUUUGCGCUAGGAAUCGACCCUGGUCUCCGGUUGUAGUCCAACAGUCAAACCAUCCUGGCUUUCUAAUAAGGAGCACCAAAUAUAAAGGGACAAAGAGGUGUUCAGAAGCUGGACAGAAGUUUCAUAACCUGUGGCUGGAAAUCAGAUUCAGCGACUCCGCUGUCCACCAUAGUUUUGAGCAUCUAUUUGCUAGCUUGAGAGCUGGAAGCAUACUCCUAGCAAGAAGAGAGCAAGGUUCACAGCUUGAUAUGAGAUGGCUUUGACAAAUUUCAGAUGUUUCCAAGUAUAUACUUCCAGAGUCCAAGCAUGCAAGCAACUAUUGACUGGAUGCAGAGCCUUGACCCACUUCAGUCCGCCGGUUAGGAUGCCAAGGUUCUGCUUCUGUAGUUCUUCAGAGCUGCAGAUGCCAUGUUCAGAGACUGGUUUCCUGCACACCAAUUGCAGAAACUACCACAUGGAACUGGGAAAUAAUCUCAGCUCUAUUAUGAGAACAGUACAGCUUCAUGAAGAGGCAGGCAGCAAUUUAAAAUCUAAUAGCAAAUGGACAGAUGAGCAGAUGUUCUUGAAGAAGCUGAACCAUUUAUCAUCAUUCAAAGACAUCUCCAAACUUAUACAUUCGUUAGAAAUCUUAUCAGACACUAUGGUAGCAGCUGCCCUUCAACGGCUGUGUGAUGUUCAACUGGAGGACAACAUACUGAAGAAUCCUGAGGAGAUAAUAGAAGAUGAAGUCUUUAGGUCCCUCUGCUUUCAGCUGGAACAAGAAUCUCCGAAUCUUUCAGAUACUGGUCUUGUAAAUGCACUAAAUGCCCUGGCAAAGUUACAUGUGGACCCCUGGAGCACCUUAAUGGUUCGCUUAGUAUCAGAGAGCCAGGAGCGUCUAGACAAGAGCCAGAUGAAUAUUACAAAUUUGUGUCUUCUUGCAGAAAGCUUAUUUAAACUAGAAGGUCCAGGCUCUGCUAUGCUAGAACAAAUUAUGAACCAAAUUCAAAGUGCAAACCUUGAGGACUGGAAAGCUGACGAAGUGGCUAUGGUCUACAAAGUGCUGCAGCUGGGCAUAGGCGAAAGAGGAAAAUACCAGGACUUACUAAACAAAAUUAAUAAUUUCACUGUAAUUCAAGUUCCUCAGUUUAGCCCCAAACUGACAAGUACUGUAUUAAAUGCUCUGACUGUUCUUGAUCAAACCCAAGCCCUUCCCUUAGUGAUAAAACUUUGUAAGCAUUCAAUACGGCAUGUCCCCAACUUCACAGAUGAUGAGCUGGUUAAUGUGCUGGAGGCUUUUAUUCAUUUUGGACACCAUGAUCAGUUUUUUAGUGAUGCUUUGGAAAGACGUGUUACCAAAUGUGCCUUUGCUAUGCGUCCCAGCACUGUUGCUAAAGUCAUGCAGUACUGCAGAAAGAAGCGCAUCCUCUCUAAACCUAUUUUCAAUGUGGUGGCUGAAAGUUUUGUCUACAAUGCUGACACCUUUACCACAGCUCAAAUUGCUGAACUGGUUGUGCCUUUUGGGAAACUCAACUAUUUACCACCUUCUGCUCCAUCUUUUUUCCGAAAACUUGAAGGGAUACUUAGCACCCGAUUUGCUCAGUUUCAGCCUUGUGUGCUCUUAAACCUUCUUCAUUCCUGCACCCUUGUUGAACGCUAUCCACUAAAUUUUCUGGCAAAAGUAUUCAAUCCUUAUUUUCUGCAGCAGUUGAAAGCUGAAGAACCCCACUUGAGGAAGCUGGUUCUUUCUCAACUGACCCAGCUGUUUCUAACUGUUACACUGGAGUGCCCAUCUUAUGAAGGUCCCAAGCUUCUUCCCAAAUACCGAGUCAAAUCCUUUCUCACUCCAGGCCAUUCUCUAGAGUCCAUGACAGAUGUACAGCUCUUCAGCAGAGUGAAAGUUGGCCUGGUCGAUCUCUUGGGAUCCCGGACAUAUUUUGCCUCCCAUGUGUUAACACCAUACUUCUAUACUCUAGAUAUUGAGAUUAAACUUGAUGAAGAAGGAUUUGUGUUACGAGCUAACAGAAAUGAAGACGUGUAUCAAAGGAUAGCAAUCUGCAUUGAUGACCAAAAGCGAUUUUGCGCCAACAGUCACAAUCUUCUUGGGAGAGAGGCUAUUAAGCAAAGACACUUGCAGCUCCUUGGCUAUGAUGUUGUGCAGAUUCCAUUUUUUGAGUUUGAGCCAUUGAACACCAGAGGUGCUAGAUUGGAAUAUCUGCACAAGAAAGUCUUUCCUAGCUCAUAUAGACUUAGCUGGUAAUAUAACACAAACCAAAUACAGCUAAGAUUCCUGUAGUUUAUUUUUUCCUGUUUCGUUUUAUUGUAUUUUAUCUGUUUGCCAGUAAUACAAAUGGGAAUUGUGCCAAUGUAUGGUAAAAUAUAAUUAUAUUUUUAAAGUAUGGCUGUACUGCCACAAAUUAAAUUUUUGGGCGGGGAGAUAGCAGUAUGUUUUUUCCCCUCCUAAAUGCACAGAGAACUGCCUUCAGAAGUAUGUGAGUGCUUAUUACUAAAAGUGAUUUGGAUGUGUUCAUUGUAAA